AUGAGGCGAGCUCGAGAGAGUUAUCAGUAUCAACCUAUACCUAAGGCUCCUACAGAUGAUGUUCUAGAACAUGAAAAUGAAAGAAUGGCUCAGGAGCUGAGCGGAAAAAUUACUACAUUAAAACACAUGUCAAUAGAAAUUGGCAAUGAAGUACGACUCCAAGACCAAAUUUUACGAGGACUUGAUGAUGACGUAGAUAGGAGUUCUGGAUUUCUUGGGAAAACUAUGGGAAGAGUCCUCAAGUCUUUAAAAUCA